AGGAAAUGGGAAGAAUAUUUCCGGACGAACCAAAAAAGAAAAUGGGAAGAAUAUUUCGGGACGGAUGGAGUAGUAAAAAAAAUGUAAAGUUUUCAGUUUUAGAAAUGAACUCCUUGUUCAAUUUACUUUUUUUUCAAACUCCUACGAUGGUUAAUGAUCCUGUUCUGCGUACCCACAAGCCUUUGUCAGUGGAGCUAGGCCCUGGUAUACUGGGGAACAUUUUUGACGGCAUUCAGAGGCCUUUGAAGACCAUUGCAAUAAGGUCUGGUGAUGUUUAUAUUACUUUGUGUUAUUCUUAAAUUAAAGACUAAGUUUUAUCAUCGGAACGAGUAGAGAUAGGAGUUAUGUUGUAAAGUUGUAGGUGUCACUGCGACACAUGGUUCAUGCAUAGGAUGUGUUUUACUCCGUAUAAGAAUUAUAGUCAAACCAGCGAAGCACCAGAUCGCCGGAUCCAGCUCCGUUCUUUGGCGUAAAAUCCAACAGUUACGAACGCAAUCAUUCAUCACCUCCCCCCCUGAAUUCACAUCUAACCGAUCGCCAAUCACUAUCUCUCAAGCUUAUUUCGAGAUUGGAUUGGAUCGGAUCGUGGAGGGCUUCAUCGCCGAUCGACCUUGGAAUUUUAGCUCUUUCCACUGCAACUUUCAUCUGCCACAAUGCCAUCGCUCUUUGGAGGCCCAAUGACAACUUUUGAGGAUUCUGAAAAGGAAAGCGAGUAUGGUUAUGUCCGCAAGGUGUCAGGCCCAGUUGUUGUUGCUGAUGGAAUGGCUGGUGCUGCCAUGUACGAGCUGGUUCGUGUCGGGCAUGACAAUCUCAUUGGAGAAAUCAUUCGAUUGGAAGGAGAUUCAGCUACAAUUCAGGUUUAUGAGGAAACAGCUGGGCUGAUGGUUAAUGAUCCUGUUCUGCGUACCCACAAGCCUUUGUCAGUGGAGCUAGGCCCUGGUAUACUGGGGAACAUUUUUGACGGCAUUCAGAGGCCUUUGAAGACCAUUGCAAUAAGGUCUGGUGAUGUUUAUAUUCCACGUGGUGUAUCUGUUCCAGCACUUGACAAGGACAUACCUUGGGAAUUUCAGCCAAAUAAAUUAGUUGAGGGAGACAUACUAACGGGUGGAGACCUAUAUGCUACCGUCAUCGAAAAUAGUUUGAUGAAACACCAUGUUGCACUCCCUCCAGAUGCCAUGGGGAAGAUAACAUACAUUGCACCACCAGGCGAAUACUCAUUGAAGGACACUGUUCUUGAACUUGAGUUUCAAGGUAUCAAAAAACAAUACACUAUGCUCCAGAGUUGGCCUGUACGUAGGCCCCGGCCAGUUGCCACAAAGCUUGCUGCUGAUACUCCUCUUCUAACCGGGCAGCGUGUUCUUGAUGCUCUGUUUCCUUCCGUGCUUGGUGGUACUUGUGCCAUUCCUGGAGCAUUUGGAUGUGGGAAAACUGUGAUUAGUCAGGCUCUCUCCAAGUACUCUAACUCAGACACGGUUGUUUAUGUGGGUUGUGGGGAAAGAGGAAAUGAAAUGGCAGAGGUGCUCAUGGAUUUCCCUCAAUUGACUAUGACAUUGCCGGAUGGCCGAGAGGAAUCUGUCAUGAAACGUACAACACUUGUUGCUAAUACUUCCAACAUGCCCGUGGCUGCCCGUGAGGCUUCAAUAUAUACAGGAAUUACCAUAGCAGAAUAUUUCAGAGACAUGGGGUACAAUGUGAGUAUGAUGGCAGAUUCUACCUCUCGAUGGGCAGAAGCCCUGCGUGAAAUUUCUGGUCGACUGGCAGAGAUGCCUGCAGAUAGUGGUUAUCCUGCUUAUCUGGCCGCACGGCUGGCAUCUUUCUAUGAGCGUGCUGGAAAAGUAAAGUGUCUAGGUGGACCUGAAAGAACCGGGAGUGUAACCAUCGUUGGUGCUGUUUCACCUCCUGGGGGUGAUUUUUCUGAUCCUGUUACAUCUGCAACCCUUGGUAUUGUUCAGGUGUUUUGGGGCCUGGACAAGAAACUGGCACAAAGGAAGCACUUUCCUUCAGUAAAUUGGCUGAUUUCCUACUCCAAAUACUCAGGGGCACUGGAGUCCUUUUAUGAGAAGUUUGAUUCUGAUUUUAUUGACAUAAGAACAAAAGCACGAGAGGUACUGCAGAGGGAGGACGAUCUGAAUGAAAUUGUGCAGCUGGUUGGAAAGGAUGCUUUAGCAGAGACAGAUAAAAUUACCCUGGAAACUGCUAAACUUUUGAGGGAGGACUACCUUGCACAAAAUGCUUUUACACCAUAUGAUAAAUUCUGCCCCUUCUACAAGUCUGUUUGGAUGUUGCGCAACAUUAUCCAUUUUUACAACUUGGCCAAUCAGGCUGUUGAACGAGGACCUGGUAUGGAUGGUCAGAAGAUUACUUACACUUUGAUCAAACACCGACUUGGAGAUCUGUCUUACCGUUUGGUGUCACAGAAAUUUGAGGAUCCUGCCGAAGGAGAAGACGUGUUGAUAGGCAAGUUCAAGAAGCUGCACGAGGAUUUGACAGCUGGUUUCCGUAACCUUGAAGACGAAACUCGAUGAUUUCGCGCGCCCGUUACGGUAUGUGGAGAAGAUGUUUGGUUCUUCACUUUGCGCGGUUGUUUCGUGCAAGGCUGUAUUUUGGCAUCGCAACAAUGCAUGGUUCAGUUUGAUUAAACCACAGGGGAGCAGUGAGAAAUAAAAGCAACUAGUGCUUGUUACUAUAUUUGUACGUAGCUCUCAUCAUGUAGUUUGGCAUUUUUUUCCCGAG